GCCCACUGUUUCGACCCCUCCGAUGAUAUACUGGAGGUUAGGGUAACCCUUGGAGAGCACGAGACCAAUAAAAGGGAGGGCAAAGAGGUGUUUGCCGAGGCCGCUGAGAUGGUAAUACACAAAGGCUUCACCACCAAGACCUACGACGACGACGUGACCAUGGUGAAGCUGAACAUUACGCUAGACUUUGGGCGCAGGCACCGGCAUUUGAUGCCCAUAUGCCUGCCCCCGCCAUAUGGCCUCGACCCGGAUGGCGAACGAGAGUGCUUCGUGAGCGGGUGGGGUAACCACGUGGCCGGCAAGGAGGAGGAUGGUGCAUUUUCGCAAAUACUGCGCGAGGUACCGGUGCAGAUACAUCCCAAAUCAAAGUGCUCUAGGUCGUGGAAUGGUGAUUAUGAUACUGCCAAGCAUUUGUGCGCCGGUGAUAAUCAGCAUGAUUUUUGCUCGGGUGACUCCGGCGGGCCGUUGGUCUGCAAACAG